GGCUAAUCUCCAUAUAGCACGCCGAUUAAUUAGUAGUCAUCCAGAGGCAGUAAGCGAUAUACAUAUUUAAUAGCAUUUGGUGUCUAUUUACAACAUGCUAAACUUAAGGCUCUUUCGAUUUGAGUCAAGGAACUCUACUAGGAGGUAGUCCAGUUUAUGUUGAUAAAUUAUAAUGUCACCACCUAUCACACUACUCCGGCUAGCGACGCUGGUAUUUGCGACAACUUCGCUUGCCCUUAACAACGCUGAUUCACCAGAUGGAUUCGGUGCAAAUCUCGACAGCGCCCGCGAGAAUGGCCCCCAGAUAUUCAACGCCCUUCAUAAUGCGAUGCGCGAGUUUGGGUCGGCCUUACAUCAUAAUGGGAUGUCUCUAUUUCCAGCAGUGAUACCCGAAGGUGUGCUCUUGUAUCAUGGAACCGAUACCAAAGAAGUACCUAAGGGUUUUGAAUGGCUUGCAUUCGAAAUAGAGCAUGCGGAAUCUUUUGCUCGUUGUCGAGGACCGCCCCGGAAGAACCCCGAUAAGAACCCGGGUUCCUUGGAGUUUGCCAUGCAUCCUCCUCCACCACCGCCGCCGGACAAGGACCGGCGACCUAGAUGCCCUCCACACUCCCCAGCAGGCCACUUGCACAUCUACCAGGCUUCACGACCGCUGAAUGUCCUUUACAUCGAUGGCAUGGCGGCUGGAAAGACAGUCAUGGGUACGGUUGAUACCCAGGAUAUCUUGCUGUCAGCUAAUAGAAGUCGGUCCUCAUUUAAUGAUUGGGCAAGGGCCGAUAGCUUAUGCGCGCUGGCUCGGGAGUGGAAGAUGGAUGGGUUUAUACGUAUGGAACCUGGUUUCGAGGUCAUCUAUUGCGAUUUUACAGAUGGUUUAAGACUCCUAUCGGCCAACCAGCGGCCGGCGACAGAUGAGCCUGGUGAUCUGGAUAACAUGCAAAUCGCAAUGUUUGAGUGGGCGAGGGCAGCUUCUCAGCGGUACCAAGGCAUUAGUUCGUCGCGUGUGAUACUUGAUUACUCUUCCAUGGUCUCUGCUUUCUUCUAUCCGAUCAAUUUGACAAACCCGGAUCCGAAGAGACCUGAUCUACCCCGAUUAACGCAGACCAGCGAUGUCGAGAUGAGUGUUGUAAGGGAACAUGUUGGCGACUCGGUGCUUCGAUCGGUAUCAUCCCGAAAAGCUCCUGUAGACUGGCAGGGGGUAACGGAUAUGAUUGUUACUCGAUACGCCAAGCGGUUACCCUUUAUUGCUCAGACGGAUUCGAUCGACGUUAUAAGGAACGAGAUAAACGGCCUCCUAAACAUCUUUAUUGACUACGCAGAAACCGACGACGGCUUCUUGGCUGCGCGACAACGCUGCAUACAGUUCUAUCUUCAACCUACCCACGUGCGAACACUGGAAGAUAAGCUCAUACACGCGGCUAUUGAGAGCACCACUACUACGAUCUGCACUGCGCUUUUUAAGACGCGAGAGAUUAUCGUCGAGGACAUAGAUGCUGAUGAACAAUUAGCAGUGGAUGCGGCAAAGCAGAUUAUUCAAAACCUAAUGGGAACACUGCGCUGGUCGGAGUGGAAGGAAUGUGGUCCCUGCCAAGCAGACGAGUUAUGCUUCGUCGCGAUGUGGCCUUUCGGAAAUGUUGAAGACCAUUAUAACCCCAGCUGUCUCAACUACUCUGCUGUCAUCGGCCGUCACGAUUACUGGCAGCAACGGCCACCACCGCUUUGUAUGAAUGAACAGUCAUGUCAGAAAUACGACGACGUGAGGAAUGAAGAAUUAUGAUGAUAAGGUCUAGUAUCAAAGAAAAUAGGGAUUUCAAGCUAUGGUACCUCUGGCGCUCGAGUUAAAGCCUAACUUUAGCAGUUCGGCGGUGGGACCACCUCUUAUACCAUAAGCCUCUCCUGAAUAGGUAGAGCAAAACAUCUAACUUUUUACAUGAGAUAUACCAAAGUUAUUCCUUUACAGUUUAAAAGCUAGCCUGUCUUCUUGCUAUUAGUUUGGUAUUACAUAGCACCGGCGAGAUAACUACCUACCUAAGGUACGGACUGAUUCCAGACAUGAGAAAUUGAAGCGUUGUCAAUUCACAUAAAAUCUAGAACAAAGGGUCUACAGCUAUAUUAUUGAUUUAAUCUUAAAUAUGUUCACAGUGCCUCGUACAAUAGCAAAACCGCUUUCCCGCUGCGCGGUUGUAUCGUCACACGUACAGCAGAAAUGCGACCGUAACAC